AUGCAUUACUCCAAGGUACUGAGCCUUCUGGCUGCCUACAGCCUAUACUUCUCUAUCGCCGCUGCGGGUCUCAGCCGUUCCCGUUCGCAAUUUAAAACCUUCUUCCCGACGGUAGAAGAACACGAUAAGUGGAAGUUCCACGCAAAUUGCUCCGACCAGUUUACAGACUACUGGAACGAGAGCAAAGAGGAUCCAGGCAGGGGCCACGAGUGGUCCAGAAACCUCUUGGAAUGCAUCCUGGAGGAAUAUGGAGAGGCCAACAAGGCCAACAUGGCUGUGACGGGCAUUCUUCUGGCGCUUCUACCUGCAGGCCUCGUCCAGUUCGGGCCAGGCCUAGCUGAGAUCAGCCUCCUGAGCACCCGGAGACCAAUUCUCGCCACGCUACUUGGCUUUGGAUUGCUGUCACCAAGCCCAACCGAGUUCGACUUUGAGAACAUUGUCAACAAAGCAGUGAACGGCGGUGAAGCGCUCAUACCGAUAAGGGCUCUGAAUGGAGACGGGACACCCUUUCUUGCUAAGAUUCUUGUGUCUGUUAUUGAGUAUGGCAUCGCGAUGGCGGCAACGGCAAACUACUUCUACCACCUCUUCCGGUUCACCUAUCACGCCGUGCCCCUGGCCCCGUUAGUUGUCUACAUUCCAGGCAUACCAGAAACCGCGACUCUUUUUGGAUGGGGCUUUUUGAACUUGCCAAUCUUUCUACUUGCUUUUGUCGUCUCCGCCAAGACCGUGGGGUUGAUUACCUCCAGAUCGGAUAAUGACAACAAGAGAAACGUCGUAGCCAGGUUCAUCGUUGCUGAGCUGACUCCCUGUGGUCAAGGCCCAAAGCUUAAGGAGAUUCAGACUCCAGAGUGUCCAAGAACCUUGCCACGUCUUCUUGGCCCCGUCGUCCGACUAGUCGCCGGACUUCACAUCAUAACCGGCACUGUUCUUAUUGGCAGCAUUGUUCUCAUCCCCUUAGGCGACUCUCUUCCGGUUAUCUACGCCUUUAUAUUCGCGGCUAUAUGUACUCGGGCUAUACUGAGCUACGAGUUGAACGGUCUGGCGCUGAGGGCAGAACGAAAGGAGGGAAGGACAAAGAACGACACACGUUGCCCUGAAUCACAAGAUUACACCAGUGUAAGCCAGGUUGAUUCUAGUGUAAAAGCAGCUUAG